UCAAUCUAGGGUUCGUCAGCAAAUCAGGUGGAAUGCCCUCAUCGUCUGCGACUUCCAGCCAAUGUCACUCAGAAAUGAACUCACGGAAUUGCCAUUGUAAAGCUCCGGUGAAAAAAGAGAUCUCAAGAACUACCAAGAAUCCUGGGCGCGAAUUUUACUGUUGCGCUUAUGGAACGUGUAAUUAUUUUGAUUGGGUUGAUUCUCAACCAAGGUCAUCAUCUUCUUCAUUCGUACAUGAGAACUGCUGUGAAAAGAUCAACUUUUGGAUUGGGGAAUACUUCAAGAUUUCUGACUCAAAUGCUGUCUUCUUGAAGCAUAAUCAUGAGGUAAGAGUGCAACUCGCCAUUCUGGAGGCUGCAAAGAAGGGAAUUGAGAGACAGAUUGUAGUUCAACGCCUUGUCAUUGUUGGGCUUUUGGUGAUUGUGUUAGGUCUAAUGUUUAGAUAGGUUGUGGAGAUGGCAUUUUCUUUGAUUUUGCUGGGCUAAUGUUUAGAUAGAUUGUAGUUUAAUCCAUGACAUUUUGUAUGAUCUUGAACCUUUGUAAUGACAUUAGCAGAAUUUGGUGGAAUAUUGAAGCCUGUGAAAUGGCCAUUUUGUGUUUAA